UUGUAUAUGAGUUGAUAAGUGAAACUGUUUUAGAAAACCCAUGAUGUUCAUCAAGGAUGUUUUCAGAGGAAGUGAGAAUUUGUGGAGAAGUGUGGUGUAUUGAGAAAUGUGUUCAUGAGUUUAGAGGAAGUCACAGUGAUGCCCGAAACGUUGGUAAAUAUCCAUUCAAUUGCUGGGAGAUGACACGUGGAGUGUCUGAAUUUCUUUAUUUUGAUAGCUUAAUGAGUUUAGAUGUAAAAAUGGUUGCAAAUAGUCAAUGGGAUUUGUAUGCAGGGGUUGAGUUAUUUGAAUGAACAAAUGAUAAUGCGGUUUCCGGUCUUGCAUUGAAGUGUUUGGAUUAGGAGAUGAAAGGGCGGUAAAAAUUCAAUGAUGUAUUGGAGAGUUGGGCUGAAGACACUGUAGAGAGUAGUCGACUAAUGUGUUAAGGAGAACAUUAAGUAAAUCUGUUCCGUUUAUUAUAAGUACGCUUCGGAGUCUUCAGUAAAAGAACCCAGCAUUUUAGGAUGCAACAGUAUCGUCCAUCAAUAAACUGUAGCCUAGUGAAGCGAGUCACACCCUGAGUUGGAGGCGUGCCAGAGAGGACAGGAGAACUGAAAGUAUAGCUGUCACGUCAAUUUAUAUGGUUCCCAUGACUUGCUAUCAGCAGAAGUGCCUGUGAGUCCUGUGCGUCUGGAAAGAUGGAUAUGUUCAAAACUGUUCUUAAAAUUGUUCAGAAACAGCAGACUAGUCUCGGGUUUGGUUUAGUUGCGUUGUUAACUGCAGGCGGGGAACAGAUAUUCUCGUCAGUGGUGUUCAAAUGUCCUUGCGAUGGCUGGAACUUUUCCUACGGCAUGGUGUUUCUCUUAGUGCCUGCUCUGGCACUGUUGGUGUUAGGUUACGUCAUGAGCAAUAAAACAUGGAAAUUGUUUACAGGUUUGUGUUUACGCAAAUCCAAAUUGUGUCGUUUUAAAUAUUUUUGCGCCUGUGGGGUGGUCUUCUUUCAGAUCACCACAACCGCAGUUGUUGCACCUGUGAGUUGGAUUGCAGUCGCUUUGCUCAAUGGCAAUUACUUUGAAUGCGCCAUGACUGGUAUCAAUGUAACUGUUUUCACCAACCACCUUUGCGAUGGGAAGAGUCCGCAGUGCCAGGAUGAACUUUAUAAAUUCCCCUGUAGGAGUGCCACCCACAUGCCACAAUCUGACAGCAAUGAUGUGCUGGCAACCCUCCACGCUGAGUCGCAGGUCCUGGGUUGGCUACUGAUCGCCUCCAUCAUGGUCUUCAACCUCCUGCUGACCUGUGUUGCCCGGUGUAACUCCCCAGUCAGCUACCUGCAGCUGAAGUUCUGGAGGGUCUAUGCCCAGCGGGAGAGCGACCUGCUGGAAAGCUACACGGCAGAUCACGCCGAAAAGCUUGCAGAGAGGAACCUGAAGAGCUUCUUCCAGCAGAUGCCUCCAGAGCCUGUCACGACCCCACCUAACCAGGCCUGGGAAAAGAUCUCGUCCCUCUACAGGUUCAGCACCAGAGACCACUACUACAGCAUCCUGCACAAGUACGUGGAGAAGUGCCAGGACCCUGCAGAGGCCAGGGACCACAGGAUGUCAUCUGUCAGGUCAGACGGUCCAGACACUGCUAAUCCGUCUGUGCUCACCUUUGUGGAUGAGGGCAAGAUGAUGCUGUGAAUGGGCAUGCAUAUGAUCAUAGGAACAGCGGUGACAGCAUCACUAUCAUGACCUUAUCUGUAACCAUCCUCAUUACUUUUUGCGUCAAAGUUAUGACUCAUUAUAGAGGAUUGUUGUCAUGAUUAUACUCUUCGUCAUCAUCAUGAUUAUCGCUGUGCGUCAGGGGAUUUUUCAGUAGAAAAACCAAUCCCAUCUGAUUAACCACUCUCAGGUCUUUGCUUCAAUAACAAUGCUUCCCAAUUUUAUAUUGUGCUCAGAAGGGAUUUUUAUUUAUUUUUAAAUAGUUGAUCGUACUUUCUUUCUCUUUUACUUUUCUGUUUAGUAUUUUUAUGCUCCUCAGACUUGGCCUACAUACAGGUGGUCUGUGGCAUUAAACAGGAAACGCAUGGUCUGGUUCUAUUAAAUAAGGAGCAAGUUUGUGCACUGCAAAAUACUUUCAAUAAAAGCCUUUUAACAGUG